UUUCCGGGUUCUUUCAAAAUAAAAUAAUUUACGCGUAGGCAAAUUGGACAUGAGUGGACAAAUUGAAGCAUUGCUUUUAUUCUGAAACUCUGCGUUAUCUCCAAUGAUUUUGCGGGAUUUUGGACCUGAUGUGUGCCAGUUUUUAACGCUCAGAACUCGGAUAUUGAUGGUUUAACCAGAUUGCAGGUACACCUUUAUAAAGGCAGAUUCACCUCGUAGCUUGUAGUUUAUAUUAUGCUUUGAGUCAGAAACGCGAACGACCAACGUUAGCUAAUUUUGCUAUAGCGGUGGCAGUUAAGACUUCAAACUAAUUUAAGGUUAGUUAGACGCAAACUUCGGGAUUUAGCGUUCCCGUUGUGUGUGACAGUGACAGCCUCCCAUCUGUAAACUACGUUUAUAAGUCAAACACAGUGUUUUUGCUCUGUCCAAAGGUAGUAAGUUGUCUUGGCUAACUACUCUCUCAGUUUUGGAUAUGUACUGACUGAUAGAAGGACUUUACAGGACAGUCGUAGCUCGUUUAAAGCGUAACUCGGAAAUCAUCUUAAAAUUUAACCUAGGUGGUGUUUCUUCUCCAUAUUUCUCUCCCAGUCUGCUUGACUAGUGCAUGUGGGUAGCUGCUAGACAUUUCACCCCAGUAGUGACAAUAAAUCUCCGACAAAACAUUUGUAAAUUGGUGGUUUAACCGGUCAAAUAAUUUUUAAUGGCAAGGCUGCUGUUUUCAGCAUGGUGACAGUGUCACAUCAUGUGGAGAUGUCUUCAUUAGUGGCCUACGAGGAUUCAGAAUCAGAGGAUGAUUCUUUUAAUCAAACGGAGGAGGAGCGAGCACCGGCUUCUGUCCAAACUGGGUCUUGUGAUGAAAACCAAGAGGUCAGGGUGUGUGAUUCCUUUGAGGUAACGCCGACCCCCCACAGCUUCACACCUGACCCUGAAAGGUCAGUGUUUCAACAUCAUGGAAGCAGGUCUUCACUGCACCCACAUUCACGGCCACAGAGCUGUUUUAGCUUGGAAAGAAAAUAUUGCAGUGACGACACAGCACAAGAAAAACAUUUUAGAGAUACUACAGGUCCUUUGAGUUUACGUGCGACUCAUGGGAAGAUCUCACCACAGCAGACUCUUCCUCACAUGCCGCAAAGCUCCGGCGAUGGGUUGAAUGCACCAAAAAGACAUCGGACUGUCCCGUCUGGUGUCAGACCGUACAUCCCCAAGAGACAGAGACUUGCCACUUCAGUGGAGACAGUGGACUCAAAGUGCCCAGCAGAGCAAGGCGCAGGUAAUCAGACCAAGGAAAGCCAAAUUCUAUCAGAAGUGUCUGUGAGAAUAAAGCCGUAUCUUCCUCACAAGCCCAGCACUGCGGGGAUACCAAGGAGGCUUCUGAUGAGCCUGGAAGGCCACCAGGGCCCAGUCAACACAGUGCAAUGGUGUCCUGUGCCUCAUCUCAGUCAUCUGCUGCUGUCUGCCUCCAUGGACAAGACCUUUAAGGUGUGGGAUGGAGCAGAGAGCGGGCGAUGCCUGAGGGCUUACACCUGCCAUUCGGGAGCCGUGCGUGACGCCUGCUGGACCCCCUGCGGGCGACACCUUCUCACUGGCUCAUUUGAUAACUCGGCUGUGAUCACAGACGUAGAGACAGGUCAGCAGGUGGUGAAAUUGAACAACCAGUUCAAGGUGAUGUGUGUGGUCCUGCAUCCCAGCAACCCAGAUGUAUUCCUGUGUGGAGGUUACAGUUCAGUGGUCAAGGCCUGGGACUCUCGCAGCUGCAAGGUGGUGAACAUGUACAAAGCAGGGAUCCAGCAGACCUUGGACAUCUUGUUUCUGAGAGGUGGUGUGGACUUUAUAACAAGCACUGACUGCGUAAGCAGAGACUCUGCUGACCGCACUCUGGUCGCCUGGGACUACCAGACCACAGCCAAGGUCUCCAACCAGAUCUACCAUGAGCGGUACACGUGCCCCAGCCUGGCUCUCCACCCACUGGAAGAGUCCUUUGUUGCCCAGACCAAUGGGAACUACAUGGCAGUGUUCUCCUCCCAGCAGCCCUAUAGGAUGAACAAGAGGCGGCGAUACGAAGGACACAAGGUGGAGGGAUACGCGGUGCAGUGCGAGUUUUCUCUAGAUGGAACUAUUCUGGCCUCAGGAAGCUCCACGGGCUCUGCUCACUUCUACGACUGCCACAAUGCUCGUUCGCUGCACACCCUCCAGGCCCACAGCCAGCCCUGCCUGUGUGUGUCUCAGCAUCCCGUCCUGCCUGCUACUGCGGCCACCUGCGACUGGGCUGGGGAGAUCAAGGUCUGGCACUAAGGACUGGGAAUGAACAAGCAAAUAUAGACUUAAAAUUUAUAAGAUGUAGCAGGUUGGCCAAGAGAGGACUAUAUUAAACUGAAAACUCAUGUUCACAUUCAUCUUCAAGACGUUAUCUCCCAUAAUCUCUUGGGAUAAGAUGAUAAGCACUUGGCAAUAAAUUCUGGAAGGCAGCUAA